AUGCUUACAAAAGACGACGGGUUGAUAAUUUCCUUAUCCAUUUUUGCUCUCUGUCUAUUGCCCCACCAGUUCACAGUAUUGGCGCUCCGUCCUGCUGUUACCCUGGCCACAGUUUAUAUAAUUAAUUGUGAAUCUCAUGACAAUCUGAUUCUAUCAUCUAAACUUCUUGGAUACAUUGGAAAUAUUUCCUAUGUUGUGUAUCUUGUGCACUGGCCAGUAAUAGCUAUAUUCCCUCCGCUCUCCACUCAAAACUAUAUAUUUUUGAUAAUAUCCAUAUUUGUCUCCUCUAUCACAAUCCAUCACAUCUUUGAGCAGAAAUAUCUGAAACUCGAUUGGAAGGCACUGGUUCCAUUUGUUUUCAUAUUAGUUCUUGGUAACGUUUUCCUCCAAAACAGUAUCCGGGAGCAUAGUUUCUGGAAUGCAACAUACCCCACAGAUGUUCAAAGAAUUGUGUCAAUGAACAAAGCUCAACUCCCUAACUUUUGGGCAUUGGACCCACAAAUGAAGGAUUGUACCGAAGAGGUUCUAGAAGACUCGAUAGAACCAUCUAGAAAUUAUGGCUAUGGACAUUGUCAGCAAGGACAUGGAAACUUUUCAAUCAUGAUGCUCGGAAAUAGUUUUGUCUUGAAUUUUAUGAAUCCAAUCCGUGCUCAUUUCCACCAAAACUACUCUGACUUCCGAUACAUGUCGUUCUCCGGUGGAUACGCAAUUACAUCAGACUCCGGUGAAUCACGAAGCUCUAUGGUAGUUUUUAAAAAACAUGUUGAACAAUUCAAGCCGGAUGUUUUGUUUAUCAUUGUGAAACAUUCCUAUAACGUCCUGUUUCCAAUUCUGGAAAACGAUCAGAUCGUUCAAGAAAUGGAAGAAAAUAUCAAAAUCUAUGAGAAAUUUGUAAAGAAACUUUAUAUUAUAGAGAAGUAUGGGCUACAUUUAAUACACACAAGGAAAGGGGAGGGUUAG